AUGGAGCUAUAUGAAGAAGAGAUAUACGAAAAGGCAAGCAUAAAUGUGACAAUAAUAGUUAACGAUGACAUAAAAGAUAUAAUAAUAAAAAAUUUGAAUAAUAAUAUGAAUAAUGAUAGUAUAAACAUAAACAGUUAUAAUUAUAAUAAUAUAGAUAAAAUAAAUUAUUUUUCAAAAAAUUCUGAACAGUCAGGUAAAAAUAAUAACAUUUUAACCAGUUGGUUAAAAAAAAUAAAAAGUACGUCAUCUGCUAUUAUUUUUUGUGUAGAUUGGCAAAAUAUUAUUAAUGAAAAAAUUGAGAAUAAUAAUAAUGAUAUAGAGUUUGAUAAAAGAGAAAAUAUUGAUUAUAAAAAUGGUGUAGAAUAUAAAGAAGAUCCUAAUAAUGACAAACAAUAUUUAAACGUGCGUGGAUUAAGUGAUGAAUCAGGUAAUCCAUUUGAAAAUAAUGAUAACAAAUAUUAUAAUAGUUAUAGUGGGGAUAGGGAGGAGAAAAGUAAGAGUGAUAUAAAUUUUAUUCAUAAUGAGGAAUACAUGAAAGUAAUGAGUGAUGAUUUAAUUAAAAAGAUCGAAGAAAUAAAUACAGUGAUUAUGAAAAGAAAAAAAAUAUGUAAAAUAAUUCUUUUAGUAAUAUUACCAGAAAAUACCAAGAGUACAGAAGAAUAUAUUAAGUAUAUAAGUUUUUUAAAUUCGCAAAAUAUUAGUGCGAUAUUUAUAACAUUAGGAUUAAAAGAAAUACAUAAUAAAAUAAUGAAGUUGCAAAAUUUACUAAAAGAUUGUAUAAAUUCAUUUUUUAAACAAUAUAUAAUAAGUUAUGAAAGUAAAAGUGGUAAAAAUGUUUUACAUUUUUUUACUUAUAAUUUUAAAAAGGCAUAUAUAUUAGAAAUGUUAGAAAAAUAUGAUGAAAGUAUGAAAAUAUAUGUAAACAUAUGUAAAGUUUUUUAUGAGCAUAUUGGUGAGGAAAUAUUUCCAAAUAAAAAAUCUUUUUUUGAAUAUGUAAUAUUUUUUAAUUGUGUAAGUUUAAGAAUGAUAUCUAUAUAUUUAUAUUUUAAAGAUAUAAAAAAAGCUCUUCACCAUAUUUACACUCAUAAUAAGAUAAUUUUUUUAGCAUUGAUGAAUAGAGAUGAAUAUAUAAGUAAUGAGCAUAAUAAAAAAUUGGUAGAAAUUAUUAAUAUUUUUAAUAUUAAAGGUGAUAAAAGUUUUAUUGAUUGUAUAAGAUAUAAUGAAUAUGAUGAUGGGAGGAAAGACAGGAAAAUAUUAUAUAUAAAAAAUAAUAGUGAAUGUAUUAAUGAAUUUAUAGAUAUUUUAUACGAUAUAAUAAUAAAGGAAUAUGUAUAUUAUAAUUUGUUAUCAUGCAUUUAUUUUUAUUUUUAUAGAAUUAUUAAAAAUUUUAAUCUUAAUAUGCAUGAUGUAAUAAUAUAUGCAAUUUAUACCUGUUGUUGUAUAUAUUAUAAAAUAAAAGCAAUAGAGAAAAAACAAAAACUAAUUAAAGAAUUUCCAGAAAUAAAAGUUGAUAAUUAUAUUACACUAUCAUCAGUUAUGCCUUUAUAUGAUUUUAUUUUAAACAUUUUAAUAGAAAUAUUUAAAGUUAUAAGCACAAAUAAAAUAACUGAUUUAACAAGAAUUAUUAUAUAUCUUUUAUCUAUUAUUUAUUAUGAAAAAGGAAACUAUGUAUUUGCUUUGUAUCUGUUAUUACAAUUUUUUAAGGAUGAAACAGGAGGAGUUAUAUUUAACUAUGUUAAUGUAGAUAUAUUGAAAAACAUGGAGUGUGAGCUUGAUAAGUUUUACUUAGACCUUCAAGAUUUUGCUGAAACUCGAAUUUUCCUUAAAAUAGGGAAUAGAAAUUCCAAUGAGCCUAUGCUAUUUUUGAUGAUAAUAUGUUUAGGAAUUUUACUCAAUCAUAAACAAGUAGGAGCAAAUGUAGAUGAAAAAGCAAUGUCAAAUGAAAAUUUUAAUAUAAAAAGUUAUGAGAAAUUAUUUAUUGAAAUUUGUUUUGAAUAUAUAAAUUGUUUAAUUAAAAAUAAAAAGGAAAAAGAGAAAAAGGAAUUCAAUGAAUUUAUAAAAAAGUAUUUUAAUUUUGUAAAUAAGGAAAAUGUAUAUACUCCUAUAAAUAUUAACAUAUCUAUAUGUGAUGUUUUUUUCAAAUUAUAUUAUUUAAUUGAGAAUAAUAUUAAAAUAUUUUUAAAAAUAAAAAAUAAAAAUAAUUUGAAUUUUAUAUAUUUACCAUUUAUUGGUAUAUUAAUGAAUAAAGAAAUAUGUUUUUAUAAAAUAAAAUAUUCAAAUUUUUACGAUGAAUAUGUAUAUUCAUCUUGUGAAUUAAUAAAGAAUAAUGAUGAAGAACAUUUUUUAUCAGAUUUUAUAAAUAAUAAUGAAGUAGUUACAGAAUUAGACAGGCCCAAUAAAAUUAAAAAUGUAUUUUUUUUAAAUGAAAAAAAUAUAAUGAGUAUGUGUAUCGAAAAUGGGAAUAAGAACACGAUAGAUAUUGAGUAUGUACAAUUAUAUCUUUAUAUAUAUAAUAAUAUUAUUAAAAUAAAAAUUAGUAAAAUACAUUCUUACAUGUUAAAAAGGAAGUAUAUGGAAAUAGUACAUACAAAUGAUUUGAACAGUUUUGAGGAUGAAAAAAAUAGUAGCAACAACCUUAAUACUUUUUCAAAGGAGGAAGAUAAAAAUGAAAAUGUAAGGGAAUAUGAAGAAAUAAAGAAAGAAUAUUCAAAAGAUGAUAUGAUAAUAGGAAGGGAAAAUAAAAUAGUUGAUUCAAAUGUUAAGGAUAAAAAUAAAAGAAAAGUAUUUGAAAUAAAAGAAGGUGAAAAUGAUAAAUCUGAAUUUUAUAAAUUAAAAGACGGAAUAUAUUUAAAUAAAUAUGAUAAUAAAAUAGUGCGUAAUAAAAAUAAAUAUAUUUUUUCAAAUUUAGUAAAUAAAUAUGUAAAUUAUUUUGUUUAUACUAAUAAUAAUAUUCUCUAUAUGAAUGAAUUUAAUAUUGGAUAUAUAUAUAUUAGUUAUUCAAAAUAUAUAACAGAAUUUAAAUUAAAUUUUAAGUAUGCAAUUGAAAAUUCUAAAAAUACUUAUUUUUAUUUAUUAGUAAAACGAGAUAAUGUUUUAGGUAUUGAGCAUAUUGGUGAUGGUAAGGAAGUUUCAUUUUUUGGAAGUAAAGACAUUUUUAAAUAUGUAGAACGAGAAGAAUCAAACUUAUAUAAAUCGAAUGCUUAUAAGGAUUGUUCAGAAAACGAGAGUAAUGAUAAAGCUUGUAUGCAAAGGGAAUCGGAAUGUAAUAUCAUAAACGACUGUGUAGAGAAUCCAGUUGAAAAUAUUAUGAUAGACGAUAAAAUACAUGAACUAUUUCGAAAGAAAGAAGAGUAUAUACAUGAGGAAAGUGAAGAUAAAAAAAAGUGUGAUUUUUUUUUGUUUGAAAUAAAAGGAAAUAAAUUUGAUAAUAUUUUAUCGGAAAAAAAGAUAAAAACAUUAUAUGGGAAAAGUAAUUUUUGCAAUGAACCCUCUAUGGUAUAUAAAAUAAAAACAGAAAAAAUGGAAAAUAAUAAAAAGAAAAAGUUUAUGUUUGAUAUAAAUUAUAAUGAGAAACUAGUAUGCAUACCAUUUCUUUUAUAUACAAAUGAAAAACAUAAAGUAAAUAUAAGAAUAGAAUUUUCUUUUACGAAUAAUAAUUUUAAUGACAAUAUUGGGUAUUCUAUACAUUAUUCAGUAGUGCCAUCUAUAAUAUCGAUGGUUACUAGUGUUAAUAUGAUGGAAGACAAAAAUAAAAAUCCUAACAUGUUGAAAAAUUCAACGAUUGGUUCUACUGAAAAGGAUGUAAUAAAUGAAAUGGCAAGUUCAGUAAGUGAUAUAAAUAAGGAAACCACAAAAGACAAAGCAAAUUUUAACGAUACCAUUAAAACUGACAAUAUGUGUAAUAAUAAUGAAGUAAACAAUUUGGAUGAGAUUGAGGGUAUGAACUAUUUCUAUUAUUACAUAUAUAUAUAUAACAAUAAAAAUAAGAGUAUAAUAAUUAAAAGUAUUACUAACGGAAGAUUAGAUGAUAUUGUAAAAGUAGGUGAAAAAAGUACUUAUUGUAAUUUGAUAAAAAUAAAUAAUAAAGAAAAAGUUAAUUUAGAAUACCAACUGAAUUAUAAUAAUUUAUAUUUUCCAUUUAAUAAAAUAUUUGAAAAUGUAGUUUUUACAAAUUAUUUAAAAAUGCCACAUGAAGAUAUAGGAUAUCAUAUUAAAGCAAUAAAUAAUAUAAAUAAUGAUAAAAAAAGUAAAAUCCGAAUAGAAUUAAAUUAUUCAAAAAUAGUAAAAUAUAAUGAAUGUUUUACUGUUGAGUCUAUUAUAACAAAUGAAGCAAAUAUUACAGAAGAAGUUAUUAUAUUUUUAUAUGAUAAAAGAAAAAAGAAAAAAAAAAAAAUAGAGCAAAUCGAACAAAAAAAAAAAACAAGUAGCUUUAAUAAUAUAUAUUUUGAUCAAUUUAAUAUUACAUAUAAUAAAAAAAGUCAAGACUUGUCUUAUAAACAAAAUAGUUAUGCAUCCUACAAUUCAGAUUCAGAUGAUAAUUCUUUAUAUUCUUCGGAAGAUUUAGACAACAUAAAUUUAGAGGAGAAUAAUAGUGACACCAAUGAUUUUGAAAAAAAAGGAAAUAAAAAGUAUAUAGUUAAUGGGGUUAAAAUGAUGAAGAGUAUUUUAUUACCUUAUCAAACAUUUCGAUUGAAAUGGUCUUUUGUUGCCUUUACUUAUGGUUUUUUAAAAUUGCCUAAUGUGUUAAUACAAAGAAAAGCCAAAAUUAAAAAUAAUGUAAAUGUAUUUUCUUCGGAAAAUAUUGAACUAUUCGUAAUAUAA